AGUGAUAUGACAAUUGCAUGCGGCAAUAAGAUAUACAAGGUUCAUAAAGCCAUCAUUUGUCCGCGUUCAGAAUUCGUCGAAGCUGUUUUCAGAGUAAAUAUGCAGGAAAGUCAAACUUGCCAGAUAAAUCUAUCCGAUUACGACCCUCAAGCAGUUAAGCUCGUCAUUGACUUCUAUCUUCUCGACUACACACCUUCCCAUUCCCGGUUCAAGGAAACGAACGAGGGUGGAUUACAACUCAAAGCGGAAGCUGUGGCAAUUCAGCCUGGACCUGAGCAUAUGAAAGACGACCUCACUCUCAGGAGCAAGAAGGAUGAAAAAAGCGCGCGGAAGUCAGCAGCGGGAUAUGAGAGCCCGGAUGUGGAGCAGGACAACCUUGCACAGGCUCUCCGCCCCGAAACCUUCCUCAUUGAUCACUGUGAUGUCUAUACCCUGGCUGAUUACUUGCAAGUUAAUGAGCUCAAAGUGUUAGCUGCGUCCAAGUUUCGCGCUGAGGCCAAAAAGCACUGGAACCAUUCCGACUUUUACGAAACAAUCCAGAGCAUUUAUGGGACAUCUACACCUAACGACAGGCUUCUGCGAGAUAUUGUAGUGGAUGUUAUAAAAGAGCACAAGGAGCUCCUGGAUCGCUUCGAGUAUCAAGAUCUUCAUAUUGAGGCCCUGCAAAGGAAUCUCCAUUUGCACCGGAUACAUCCAUGA